AUGUGUAGCGGCCUUGCAUGGCAUACUACCGACCAGACCUUGCGUCAGGGUUUCGAGAAGUACGGCACCAUUGAAGAAGCCAUCGUUGUCAAGGACCGCGACACAAACCGCAGUCGUGGUUUCGGCUUCGUCCGGUUUUCCCGCGACGUUGAAGCAGACGCCGCGAUGAACGCAAUGAGCAACCAGGAGUUCGAUGGACGUGUCAUCCGGGUCGAUAAAGCUUCUGACCGUGCUUCCGCUCACCGCAAUGAUGGUGGUGGUUACCAUGGACGUGGCGGCGGGUAUCACCGCUUCGACAGCAAUGGCGGUGGUGGAUAUCGCAAUGGCAGCGGUUAUGGUGGCGGAGGAUACAACGAUCGCCAUGGCGGCGGUGGCUGGGGUGGCCACCAACGGCAACAGUAUUCCAACCACGGCCUGGGUGGAUCUGGGGCAUAA